CUAAAUUUCAUCGUUAAUUAACUUAUAACUCAGUUUUAGAGAAAAUUGCAUCAUGUAAGGAAGACUAUACUGGAGUGGGUACUAGGUUAGCCGUUUUGGGCCGACACGUGACCUUGCGAAGCUAACUCCUCCGCCAAUAAUCAACCGAUCAAAAAUCCGAACACAUCGUCUGGUUCCUUAAGGUCUACCACAACUUUUCAUUCAUUCAUUCAAUAAAAUUUGUCAUCGAACUCACCCAACUUGAUUUGCAUAAUCCGCCUCGAGUGCCUCUACCAUGCCUCUACUAGGGGAGUCCGACUCGACGCGGCAGGAGCUAAAGCAGCUGAGCAGGACAUCGCCGACGCGACGAGCCUCAUGCCUCAUGCGCUUCAUGAUGUCAGCGCACCGUCCGCCAGGGUCAGAGUCAGGGCGUGAACCUCCUCCUCGACCCGACAGAGGCCAAGACGGAGACGAGAAUGGGCGGUGUUGGGAACGGUCUGGGUGACGACGGCCCGAAUGACAGGCACUCCCUCAUGUUUAGGAGGGUCGGCUCGGCCGUCUUCUACGGCGCAGCGUCCUUCAUGAUCACGGUCGUCAACAAGACAGUCCUCACGACCUACAAAUUCCCGUCUUUCCAAUGCCUUGCACUUGGGCAGAUGUUUGCAACAAUAAUUGUGUUGUAUGCAGGUAAAAAAGCUGGAGUUAUAUCAUUUCCUGAUUUAGAAUCAAGCACACUGCGAAAGAUUUGGCCUUUACCUCUUAUAUAUAUUGGUAAUGUAACUUUUGGCCUUGGCGGAACAAAAGAAUUAAGUUUACCCAUGUUUACUGCCUUACGAAGAUUUUCAAUAUUGAUGACCAUGAUUGCUGAGUUUUACAUCUUAGGGGUAAAACCUAGUGUAGCAGUGCAGUUUUCUGUAUAUACAAUGAUUGCAGGAGCUGUCAUUGCAGCCAGCAAUGAUCUGGCUUUUACGGCCGAAGGCUAUACAUUUGUUCUUCUCAAUGAUUUCUUCACUGCUACUCAAGGAGUUUUCAUGAAGAAAAAAUUAGAUUCCAAAGAAUUAGGGAAGUACGGCCUUACGUACUACAAUGCACUCUUCAUGGUUAUACCUUCAUUUCUCUUUGCUUUCAGCUUAGGUGAAAUAGACAGAGCAAUAGAAUAUCCAGAUUGGGGAAAUGCAAUGUUUCUCAUUCAAUUUUUAUUAUCCUGCAUCAUGGGAUUCAUCCUUUCUUACAGUGUGAUUUUAUGUACCCAUUACAAUUCGGCACUUACAACAACCAUCAUUGGCUGUUUGAAAAAUAUCAGUAUUACGUAUUUGGGAAUGGUUAUUGGUGGAGAUUACAUUUUCAGCUGGGUGAAUUUCAUUGGAAUCAACUUCAGCGUCAUUGGAAGCUUGGUUUACACCUGGGUCACUUUCCGCCGGAAGGACCCUCCUGUAUCCAAACCACUACUGUCUUCUGUGACAAAUGUAUGAUAUUGAUCAGUAUGGUGCUGUGCACCAUAUGUAAAUUUUAUUAGAUUUUUAAGUUAACUUUAAUCAAAGGGAAAUUUUGUCUUAUGAGUCCCACACCAAAAUGUUAUGUGUUGCUCAAAUCCUUGUGCUGUUACAAAAAUCCGUUCUUAUUUAGAAGGCAUAUGCUAUGCUUGGACGCUACUCAUAUUCCUUAUUAUUUUCUUCUAGUUAUGUUUUUGAAUAUGGCUUCUGUUUUAAGAAGUCAAUCAUUGCCAUAUAGGUUAAGUAUUUUAUAAGUUUCACAUAGAAUGAAACAAAAUUCAUCAAAUCAUGCUUUCAACUGGUUCAUUCUAAGUCUAGGGUAUCUAUUGAUUUUUAGAAGUUUUUGGUAGAAUAUUUUUCCUGUUUUGUUUUUGUUGUACUACUGUAUUCUUCCGUCUUCAUCUACUUAUUUUCUAAUCUUAAAUUUGGGCCAUUGAUUCUCCCCUGUUUCAUUAUAAGCAUUCUUGCUUAUAUUUAAUCAGCUUGAUAUUUAUAAUUAAAUACAUAGUUCAUCCUGUGAGCUUAUGGUGCUAGUAGUCAAGAAAAUCUCAGAAACAUUGUGGACAAAGAUGAUGUACCUGCAGUGCUCAAGUCAUUGUGUGAUUAGAUAUCUGUUUACGUUGUAUUAUUCAAUGCCAAACUAACGUGAAACACUUAUUAUAGGAAGACAACUGUUGGCCUCUUACUUUAUAAUUUUAUUUUAAAUGUGAAUGAUUGUUGUUUCAUUUUAAAAAUUUAGUUGAAUUAAUUUUUUGAAAGUUUUUAUUUACUGUAUGAAGUAAUUGCUUCAAGGGCCUUUAUGUGAUGAAUCUCUGUAUUUUUGUCACAAGAAGAGUUUACCUCUUUUGUACUUUUUGUUUUUAAUUCUGCUAACAAUUUUCUCAUACAUGUCUCUUGAAUAUUCCAUUAUCGACUGACAUGUUCCACGUAACACUUGUUUAUUUUUUGUCACACUCCGUCAGUUUAUUUAUUUGGGCUCUAUCUUCUGUUUUAUUGCUAUCAACUUUUGUUAAUAGUUCCUGUAGCAUUCUGCACACUAUAAAUUUAAAGAAUUUCUUUAUUUGUUUCUUUAACAGAGUGAUUAUUUUGUACAAUGAAGUUACAGGGUUAAUCCUAGUAUUAACCUGAUGUGCGUGAUUUUGUCAGCAGAUGUGCUGAAAGGAGUGUUUUAAAGGAGGUAAUUGCCAUUAAUUUAGAUCUUACUUGUGGUCUUCAGUCAUGUAUAUAACUUUUAAAAAAAAUGUGACCUUAUUAUUUGAAUGAGUUUGUGCAGUCCGUGUUAGUGUUUGAAUGCUUAAAUUUAAAACAUUAAACUUGUGUACAAAUAUUUUUUGAAGAUGGAGCGCUAGCAUGUAUAAGCUAUUGUAAUUAGACCAAAUUCAGAACUGCAUCACUAUUUAGAUAGGUACAAUAAAUUGUUCAAAAUACUUCAAUUUUGUUGUAUAACUAGACUUUUGUGUUUACUGGUGUGAGGAAAGUGUCUUUGCAUCCAACAUUAUGUACAGCAUAUCUGUGAUACAGACUCUUUUCCUUGUAAAAUUCAGUUUUGAUUCUAUGGUUUAUUGAAAGUGAGUCAAUAGCAUGUAGCAUUAAAGUAUAGAGUGUUCUCUGUUCAAAUUAUGUUUAAGUCGCAAAGUCAGUAAUGUCUUCUACUAUUUUAAAAAUAAAAUAACAGAACUCUAAA